UGUAAAUUGAAAGUUCCCUGACGUUUCCUUAGUCAAAAUGUCUAUUUGUUUUUGAUUUAUAAAUAUUAGGAGGAAAUUUCUUUAUUCAAUUAAUUUUAAUAGCAAUCGAAACUUAAAGCAUUUUGUAAAUAAUAUCAUGAAUAAAAUAACUAGUAAAAACAAAGGUUGUGCAAACAAAAAGUCAUCACCUAACCAACAAAAAAAUGGGGCUCAGAUUAAAAAGUCUGAAGACUAUAAAACUGACAUUGAGGAGCUUAAAUUAAAAGCGAAAUCUGUUAUUGGAGGAAUCUUAAAUGGAACUGACAUAAAUCAUUCUAUGAAGACUGAAAACGUUGCAUCACAAACUACUGAUAAAUUGGAAAAUCAUGAGAGUUGCUCUAAUGAUCAGGAUGAGGAUGCUAAUGCACUCAUGGAAGUUAAAACAAAGCAUAAAUUUAGCGAUGAUUUUAAUUCACCAGAUUUUGAUAUAACCUUAUUAAUUCGGAAUAAAUACAAAAAUGAGCCAGAAGUAGAAGUCUUGGAUGAAGUUGCAAGUGAAUUGGAUGAUCUGCAUAUAACAGAAAGCAAAUCGGAAGAAGUGCAACCAGUGGCAAAUGAUUCUGAAAUUCAAUAUGUGGCUUACCAAUCAGAAUUACAGAUGCCUUUAAUUAUGAAAAUUAUACAAAAGGGUUUGUCCGAACCUUACUCAAUUUAUACAUAUAGAUAUUUUAUACAUAACUGGCCAAAUUUAUGCUUUUUGGCAAUGUGUGAUGAUUUAUGUGUCGGGGCCAUAGUUUGUAAGCUUGAUAUACACAGAAAAGUGAUUAAAAGGGGUUACAUUGCGAUGUUGGCAGUGGACAAAAGUUACAGAAAGCACGGUAUUGGUUCAACAUUGGUAAAGCGGGCGAUACAAGAGAUGAUCUCUGGAGAUGCAGAUGAGGUGGUAUUAGAAACAGAAAUAACAAACAAACCAGCACUACGGUUAUAUGAGGCCUUAGGUUUUGUAAGGGACAAGCGCCUAUUCAGAUACUAUUUGAAUGGAGUUGAUGCUUUGAGAUUGAAAUUAUGGCUUAGAUGAGGAGUCCUUUUCAAAAUGUAUGUUGCCAUAUCCUCAGGGUAUUUGUUAGUUCAUUAGGACAAAAUUAUAAUAGAGAAAUUCAUUUGAUUUCUUUUUCAAAAUUAUUAAUUUAAAAAAAUAUUUUA